UAAUUGAACCCAAGGAGGCCGUGCUCGGCAGCUUAAGUGUAAGCCAAGAGAGAGGCGUCAGACUCAGCUCGAGACGUAGACACGGGAGCAACGGUACAUUGCGCGUGGCGUGUCUGAGUGGUCCACAGCCACUGCACCCGCACGAGCGCUUUGGGAUUUCGCUCCAUUAAUAAAAACUCUCCACUGAAGAAUCUCGACUUGGAUUUUAGUAGUUCGUGGUAUUGGGGAAAAAAGGUCGGCUGGGCGUGUGGUGUGUGAGGGGCGUUCUGAAAAUUUCGUGGUCAAUCUUCAAGAUGAAUUCGCUGGAUUUUGUAAAUACGGUGUCGCCGUGGUGGUGUGCGUUCGCACUGAUGGUGCUGCAACCCCUCAUGCCUGCCAACGUCGCCGGCGACUCGGACUCGACCUGGGCCGUGGGGCUGACGGACCCGGUCCAGGUGCCGGGUGGGCUGAUCCGCGGCCAGCGGGUCCGGCUACGGAACCGCCACCUGGGCCCCGUGGAGCAGUACCUGGGCGUGCCCUUCGCCCGGCCGCCCACAGGCCACCUGCGCUUUCGCCCGCCCCAGUUCCCGCCCAUCGGCUGGUCCGGGGUGCGCAACGCCACCAAGUUCUCGCCGGCCUGCCCGCAGCUGGUCCGCACAGCCGAAGGGGACUUACCAAGCUGGAAGAGCGAACCUCUCCGUAGCCGCUGGCCCUUCCUUCAAGUCAUGGACGAAGAUUGCCUAUUCCUCAAUAUCUAUGUGCCAGCAAGAGAGGUCAAAUCAACGGAUGGCGACGAGAUUGAAGCAGGCACCGAAGACAGCGUAAGCUUCGCUGGCGACGCGCCCCUGGCGACCGGCAGCGAGGACCCGGACGGUUCCUGGACCCCCGAGACGUGGAGCGACGCCGGCAGCUACAGCUCGGAGGACGACCAGCCCUCGGACCCGCCAGGAGCUGGGGAUCAAGGUAGAGCGACCGGGAAUGGUGGGAUACCGCUGGGGGACGACCCUGGGCCACCGGCCGACGGCUACCCGGUAAUGGUGUUCAUACACGGCGACGGAUUCAGGGAGGGAUCGGGGAACAUGUACGACGGUAGCGUGCUGGCCAGCUACGGUGGUGUCAUUGUUGUCACUUUUAACUACCGAUUGGGAAUUCUAGGUUUUCUCAGCACUAAUGACGGGGCGGCCCGAGGAAACUACGGCCUCCUGGACCAGAUAUUGGUAUUGAAGUGGAUCAACCAGAACAUUCGGACUUUUGGUGGGGAUCCCAACCACGUGACUGUGUUCGGUGUCGGUUCAGGGGCAGCGUGCGCCGGGAUGCUGAUGGUGUCGAACAUGACUUCAGGUCUGAUAUCGGGAGUCAUUGCACACAGUGGCUCGGCCAUCGCCCCCUGGGCAAUCACACGGGAACCUCGAAACUUCGCCAAAAUGGCUGCCACCAAGAUCGGCUGUGAAGCUCCAACCACCUACCAAAUAGUGGAUUGCUUACGGCAGGUCAGACCAGAGGAGUUUCAGCUCUUAGACGUGGAGGCACCGCUCUACUACAAUGCUUUCGCCCCCGUGGUGGACGGCGGCGUCCUGGAGGACGACCCGGCCGUGCUCUUCGAGGAAAUCGCCCGGGGGGAGAGGAGGCCCAGCUGCACUGGCUGCGCCUUCAUGACCGGAGUGACGCGGAGCGAGGGGUUCGCGUACGUGGGCGAGGACGCGGACGGGGCCGGCAAACUUGACCCGAUGGUAUUCAACCACAUCCUGGACGGCUUCGUGCAGAACAACUACGGCGGCAAUAUGCAUGCUGGGAACGUCAUUAAGAAGGCGAUUUACUACGAGUACAUAGACUGGGGCGGCGGUGAGGGCAACCCCUUCACGCUGAGCGAGAGCGCCAUCGACAUAAUCUCGGAUGACCUCUGGGUCACACCGGCCAUACAGUCGCUCAAGAUGACGGGCAAGAUGGGGCUGGGGUCGUACCUCUACACCUUCGGCCACCGCUCGAAGAUGGACGUGCACCCGAGAUGGGCUGGAUCUGUUCACCUGUCGGACAUGCCGUUUAUCUUCGGGGCACCCCUGGUGCCGGGUCCCCUGGGCAUCUUCAUGGAGAACUUCACCAAGGGGGACGCCUCGGUCAGCCUGGCAGUCCUGACCUACUGGACCAACUUUGCCAAAACAGGGAACCCCAAUAUGCCCGUGCCACAGACGCCCAGGAAAAUCCACCGCCAUUACAAGGUCAGCUUCCCGUACGAGACACUGGAGCCCUGGCCGGCGUACACCGAGGGAACGCAGGAGUUUAUCCAUAUUGGGAUCUCUCCCAGGAUCCGCGAUUUCUAUCGGCUGCACAAGAUCUCCUUCUGGGAGGAGCUGGUGCCAGAGAUAAGCAAGGCCUUUCCAGCCGACGUGAUGCCGCCUUACGUGAUACCCACGCUCCCCGCGCUGAGCAUGGCGACCACCACGGCCGCCUCCGACCCGCUGACGACUCAAGCGGCUCCCAGGACCACGGUAAAGAAGAAGGACACCAACAAGAUUCCGGGCAACGCGCCCACAGCGUCGCCGGCAGUGUCACCGACGAUGGGCAACGAGAUUCCCCUGGGCCCCGUCAAGCAGGACGAGCCCUCUGAGGGGAACUUCACGGUGGAGCUCAGCGUUGUGAUCGCAGUGGGCGGCUUCCUCUUGCUCGUCAAUGUCCUGGUCCUGGGCGCCAUCUACUACAUGCGGGACCGGCGCAAGUUGGAGACCAAGCUGGCCGCCAAGUACCUGGCACAGCAGGAGGAGCGGCGGCAGCAACAGAAGAUGUCCGAGGGAGCAGGCAGCCGGCUAGCCGCCGCUAACAACCACGGUACGGCCUCGCCUGCCCACCGUGGACUCAAUCAGAACAUGAAUAGGAACAAUGUCACCUUUGGUAACGACGUCAUCGAGUUCCAAGUAUAAUCUAUGUACUUCAGGGGCCAAGGAUACGGGCGAUUCCCAAUACAGUGCGCCACGAAGAGGUUGACACGGAAGGGCCUUUUUUUGCAGAGCAUGGAAAUGGUCGACAUAUUAGCCGGCUGCGUACGCGGUGCUUCAAUUUUUCCCUAUGUUUGUUUGUCAAGGAAGCCGCCUCUAUUCAGUUUGUAAAUGCUGGGCGAUGCUAAAUAGCCAGAAAUAUAUCCUUGAAAUUUUACAAAGAAGGUCGCGAAUCGCAGUCCUGUUUUUAACUGGCUUCCUUGAUGCUCGAACCUGGUAAUGUAACGCCGCGGACUCAGAGGUUUCCAAACUAAUAUCGGUCCACCAUUUGAUUCCGGAUCCUAUACUAAUAUGAAAAUCAAACUUUUCAUAUGGUUGGAACAAUGAGACCUUUCCCGGCGCUGGAGGAUGUAGCCGUCGACAAUGCCACCAUUUGGGAGAAUGCCUGAUCCCUUCAGCACAGCGUCAAGUGCCAUUCACAUUGCAAAAAGCUGCGGUGUAGAUUUUACAUCCUUGGUAUCUCUAUAGACCCUGUGGACACCGAGGGCGCUGAUUUAAUACCAAUUUAAAACCACAGUUGAAGUGUUGAGGGGUGUUUUCACGUAUCUGCAUCAAAAGCUGUUGCGGAAAAGUGGACACUUUGUACCUGACUGUCUUUCUCCCAUCUGCCCUCCUACAUCAGUAACUCUUACAAAGACCGGCAGGUUUGAUCGUUUGCACACUCAGUCCACGAUCGCACAACACGAACGGUUUUAACUCCAGAUGAACCUGUGCAUAUACACGCCUGUGAACCUCGGCAGGGUUAAACUGGUGCGCUUCCCACCUCAGCUGUCAGCUUAGGAGUUAAUGUUUGGUAUUGUUUCGAUGAUCACCGCGACUUAAAGGAAUGUUCCAAAGAAUUUGCACCCUUUUUCAUUGGUGUCUCCACAACUAUUGUAACAGUGACCGUCACGUUUAUGUCAGUUAAAGUGAAUGAUCCUUUUGACUCGGUACUACAGUAGUUUCCAGAAAGUGGCCGUGUCUUUCUUUUCAACUUCACUGAAGCAGUUCUAUGGGAGUAUCAGGUUGUCAAAUUUGAGGCCAAAUUUUGGAGUCGUUUCGCUCGCUCCAAACGGAGGCCUGCAUGCUUCAAACUGACUGCAGAGCCAGAAAUUAGAGAGGGGAAAAAUCUGAAGAUUGUCCGCCUCUGUCAGUGUUUGAACUGUGACUGACCUGAUUGAGUGCUCUUUUAGAAACUGUGUCCCCCCCUGCAAAAUGUACCCCAGUUACGACACCGAAUGAAGCCUCAAAGGAGAAAAAUGGGGUUUCGGUAAAAGGCCCAUACACAUGUCUCUGUUGAGUAGAAAGGUGCGUUUCGAGUCAACUCGGAAAGAGGAGUCGCCAUUCACUGUAACAGGCCUGUAACGUGGUACUUCAUCCAACGUGCACGCAGUGAUAACUUGCAGCACAAACAUGACGCCUCACUUUUACACCUUUCUUUGCAGUUUUCCUGGGAUUUUGUUCACCACUUUCUCCACGUAGACUGGAAAUGUGCAGUUUGGAAACUGCUGUGUUUCCUAAUGCCCUGGGCAUUUUGUUUUCAAAACGAAAAAUCCUUUGAAAAAGCCCGAUCUAAUAAGCUACAGUCACAGAAAAUACGUCUCGGGAAGUAGUGUUCCGUGAAAUCAUUCAAGCAUUAAGGAUAAUUUAUAUAACGGGUUUUGCCCUUACCCAACGUAUAUAUAUUAAUAAACACUGUAUGCUCAG